AUGUCAAAUAACCCAUUGUUUGAUGAAAUUGCACCGGAUGCAGUAUCCCCCGGAGAUACUCACACCGGAAGAGCAGAUCAGCUACAACCGCUUGACACUGUCAUUGCUUUACAUGAUUUUCAGGAGUCUCAAGAGUCACACUUGUCAUUGGUUUUAGGAGAUACAAUCUACGUUUUAGCCAAAUCUGCCACUGGUUGGUGGGACGGUGUAAUCUUUGAUGAUGACGGUGGGGCACGUAGAGGCUGGUUUCCAAAUACCUUUGUUCGUUCUGUCAACUAUGUUCAACCUGUACUAAAGAAAAUGAAGGACAAUAAGGAAUUGGAUUCGAUAACAGCAGCAAACACAGCAGCAAACGUUUUGAUCCCUUCGUUUACGAGCCUAUUGCAAAAGAAUCUUUUGGAUUCGGAAAAGAAUUCUUCAUCCAAUGCUACUCGAAAGAAUUCGGUAGUUAGUUUUGCCAGUUCUGAAACUAGCAUUCCUUCAGAUUCUAAAAGCUCGGCUCAGCAAGGGACCAACAGCUUAGACACGGAUGCCUUACCAAAGCGUCCCUCAUUCAGUCAAAAUUUGAGUCAGGAAACUCAAACAACCCAGAGCGAUGUAAGCUCUUUACAUAAGCAUCAUCUAUCUACAUUGGACAACAUGGAUGAAUUGAGGCUCACAGGUCUAGAAGAAGCGGAGUACUUGGCAGAAGAAUACCGAACUAGAAACAAUAAAACAGUUACUUGGGUGCCUCGUUCAACUACUUCGGGAGAUUUUGUUUUUUAUUGUCAACAAUUGAAUAUCUAUUGUGAGUCAUUGCCAUUGUUAUCUUUUGAUCCAUUGGGAUUUCCACCAAACUUGGAGUAUCCAGAUGCUGAAACAAUUGAAAAUGUAUUGGCAGUGAAUAUCACUGGUACUCGGAACUCGAGCAAUCCAAAAAUUGUCCCAAGAGAGAACUCUAUAACACCAUCCUUUGACUCAGCGAAAAGGGACUCAAAUUCGUCCCUAAGUACCCAAAGCACAAAUGCAUCGUACCACAAUUUUAGCAAGCCACUAUUUGCAAUGGACGGGUUGUUCUACAAGCAUGGGUCAGAUGUUACAAAAUGGUCUGCUUUAAGACAAGAAAUUGAUUCAUCGCUCGAUUUACUAUUGAAGUCAGUCACAAAUCCGAAAAGAUCAAUGUUUGAUACCCACUAUUCGCGUUUGAACAAAUUGGUAGCUAUAGUAUGUGCAUCUUCACGGCUUGAUCUGGAUGAUUAUGUUAAUGGUCAGUAUGAGAGUAUAGUCAGGCGAAAGCUCAGGACUAUUUGCCACACCAUGUCUCACUUGUACUUGAUUUGCAUAUUGUACUUGAAUGCAUACGAAAAUGAGGAAGCUUCUCCAGACGUGGUGCGUCUCAAUUCAAUGACUUCAAUCAAAGAUGAGUACAAAAUGCAUAUGACACAAGAAAUAUCUGGGUCUACCAAUCAGGCAGCUAAUGCAGAAAGUAGCAAUGUGGAGGACCCUACACUUGAGCGAAUAACAAAAGAUAUUCUUCUUUUGAGGAAAUGCACAAAUAGUUUUAUUGACAUUUUUAUGAAGUUGACAGCUGAUAAAAUAGUACUGGCGAAAGACUAUGACUCGUCCGACUUAUCUGAUGCAGAAGGAAAAGAGAGGGCGGAUGUGUUACCUCAGACUAUUCCGAGGUUUUUAUUGGGGGAGUUCAAUGGUGGUAAUUGGUGUAAUCCAUUCUUUGUUGCCAAAAACUCCUUUUUGAAUGCCAGUGGGAACGAACUCAAGAAUAAACAUCAUACCAAAGUAUUGCUCGAUCACCAAGUCUUGGAAUCAGUUUCUCGUUAUCUGGCGGAAAUGAUUAAACUUGGCGAGGAGGCCUGUAACACAAUUGAGACAGAACCGUCAACUACCAACGAAGCUAGCUUUUUGGAGGAGAGAAACUCACAAGUUUUGCGACUAAUUUACAGAUUUCUCCAUCAUUCUAGCUCCUUGAUAGACCUUAUGGAAUCUUUUGAUUUUACUGUUUUUUGUUUAAUUAAAACUGACGAGUUCAAAGAUGGAAAGGAGCUCACAAAUGUGAACAAGGCUUUCAAUGCCUUAUCACUCGAGGGCCAUCGUCAUAGCACUGAUCUCAAUCUCAUGUUUGACUACCCCAUUGUGUUGGAUUUUUUCCAAUUCAAACAAGAAUUUCAUAUUUUGGUUCUGCACAUUAUUAUGGCAACUCAAUCACUAUCAAUUGGCAAAGUUGGUCCGUGGUACAAGGAUUUGGAUAAUGAAGAUCCAUUGUUUUAUGACAAGGAUAUUUUGAAAAAUGAUAACGAAAAAACUGCCAUGUUGUUGUCAACUGUUCUUCUUGGACGAGCAGAGAAAGUGUAUGGUGGAGCAGAAGAAGAUGUUGAUUCGGAGGACGUACUAUCUGGACUUUUACAAGAUAGUAUUGGUGCGUGUACCAGUGUUGUUGAGAUUACGCAGAAAUUGAUUGAAGAAAGGGAAACAAUUUUGAAUUAUGCUACACGAGUCAUGCACAAUGAAUUUGAUGUGCAACUAUUAUUGAUGGAAAGAAACAAUACACUCUCAUCUGAGAAACUGGAGGAUCAUUCAUACUUUAGUGGUGGCCAAGUUAGUGCCAAAGAUGUUCCGUGGUAUUUGCAAGGUGAUCAUGAAAAUGAUUUGUUGUUGGAUGUAAAAGGAAACAUCAAAGGUGGCACAAAGGAAGCUUUGGUGGCACACUUGACGCAUCAUGACUUGUUUGAUAGUCAAUUUAAUACGGCGUUUUUGUUGACAUUUGCCACCAUGAUGCCGUUAGCUGAGUUGAUUAGACUUUUGAUUGAGCGGUUCAAUAUUGAGCCACCGGAAGGGCUUGCCUUUGAAGAGUACAAUAACUGGAUUGUGCGCAAACAGAAUCCCAUUCGGCUUCGAGUUAUGAAUAUAAUGAAGUUGUUGAUUGAAAAGAAUUGGUCACCUUCAUAUUUCAAUGAAUCCGCCAUCAAGAAAUGGUUGACCUUUGCUUCAUCUGACGCUGUACAAUCUUUUUCCAUUGGACGGUUGUUGUCAAAUGAGUUGAAGAAUCUUUUGGGUGGUAAGAUAUAUACAGUUGAAAGACAACCAGUGAUUCCCAACACCAAACCACCAGCUCCAUUGACUAAAGGUUCCACGUUUGUUAAAAAGACCAAAUUAAUGGAUAUUGAUUAUGUUGAACUUGCAAGACAAUUAACAUUGCGUGAAUUCAAAAUGUAUUGUGCUAUUUCCAAAUUUUCAUGUUUGGCCAAAGUAUGGGGUAAAAAAUCAGGCUUGAAUGAAAGUAUUGAAAGUAUAACCAAGUUCAUCAAGUAUUCCAACCAAUUGACCAAUUUUGUUGCUUACAUGAUUUUAAGAAAAUCUGAUGCCAAGAAGCGAGUACAAAUUAUCCGAUACUUUAUUCAAGUUGCUGAAAAAUGUCGUCAAUACAACAAUUUUUCAUCAAUGACGGCAAUCAUCUCGGCGCUUUAUUCAUCGCCUAUACAUCGGUUGAAAAAGACUUGGAAUUUUGCUAGUGCUGAUUCAUUGACUUUACUUAAGAACAUGAACAAAUUGAUGAAUUCAAGUCGUAACUUUAAUGAGUAUCGGGAUGUUUUGAAAUUUAUUGGGUCUGAGCCAUGUGUUCCGUUCUUUGGGGUUUUUUUAUCCGAUUUGACAUUUGUUUUUCAUGGCAAUCCUGAUUAUUUAUUGAAUAGGACUAGAAUGCUUAAUUUUGCCAAACGUGCCAAAACGUGUGAUAUUGUUUCUGGCAUUGAUCGAUUUAAGAAUGCUGGAUACAAUUUUUUGGAAGUUGUUGAGAUUCAAAAGUAUCUUGAUGCGUGGUUUGAGAAAUGUCCUUCAAUUGAAGAACAAUAUCAAUUGUCGUUAGCUUUGGAGAAGAAGAGUUGA